AUGGCUUCCGGACACAACUCAGCGUUCUCCGCGUCCACCCAGCACCGCGCGUUUGGUGAUGGUCGCUCCUCGUUCAGCCAGGACGGCGCUUCGGGGGACGGGAGUUGGAAUGAUGGACUCUCGAAAGUUGGACGAAAUGGGCGAUCAGGCUCUGGGGGAAGUGCUACGACUGGUACGAGAGGGGCCUCUUCGCUGGCGCCGUCCUUUGGCGGACCCGGGAGCUUCAGUGCGGAGCUCAAGAGCAUGACCUCCCGAAGUGUCACACCACGACCCGACGGCACAUACACGCGACGAGCUAGUAGGUCGAUCGGCGAAGAUGACCUUCCUACGACCGAAGAGCGCCAGGCCGUCAUUCGAGACAAAAUUGCGAAGGAGAUGAAGAUCAAGACCGGAACGGAGAACAUGCUCGAGGCUCUGUUGGCAAAACCACCCAAGCAGACCAGGGAACAACGCCUGAAGGUGGAGUCGGAAUUGAGCUCAUCCAACCGCAAGCUGGUUGAGCUGCACCAUGAGCUGGAAGAGGAGCUGCUUCGUGCGCAGGCGCCCUCUACGACUCCCCCUCGAAACCGGCUAUCGAGUCUAUUCCGAACUAGUCCCAUGCGCUCGCCGUCCCGAAACCCCAUAAAUAUCGGACCGGAGUCUUUGGAAGAUGAUGAGCAGGAAGAAGAAGAUGGAGACAUGGAGUCGCCCACUUAUGUCCUUUCGGAAACACUUCAGGCGCUGGAGAUCGAGGGCAUGUCCCCUGAUUUCUAUGUCGAGCGCGCCAACAACUUAGUCGAGUUGUUCAAGCGGCAUCCUACACUCAAGUAUGAUCUGGCGUGGCCUGUCUUUGGUUUGCGUGUACAGGUGAUGCUCCUCAGUGACAGCAAGGAGGAGGUUGCAGCCGGGUACCGGCUGACCCGUUAUGCUAUUGCUGACCGCAAGUCACUCCAAACAAUUCGAGCGCUUCACACCGAUGAACUUGUGAUUCUGUCUCUUGUCAAGGAAAGCAAGGCAAACAUCGAGCGCGAGCAAGCUCUAAAGUUUGUGAGAGCUUUCCUCGAUGUCAAGGAUGGUGUGAAGGAAAUAUCUCGUGCCAUCGUGCGCACAAUAGUUUCCAUUGCUGAACACCAUGAAGACCGCCUACGGAACAUAUCGAUCAUGACUUUGGCAGAGAUCCUGGUCAAAGACCCCGAGCUUGUUGCCUCGGCGGGUGGAUUCGCCGCUCUGCAUGAUGCUCUCGCCGAAGGCACCUUUGGCGCUUCGGAGAGCUUGAUUUCGAGCUUCUUACAUGUCCUUGAUACCCCACGGAGUCGAAAAUACCUCCAAGGUUCGGAGCUAGAGGCUGUUCUGGCUCCUUUCACAGAUUCCCUCGCCGACACAUUGCGCAAUGGGCGAUUAAAAUCGGCCGCGCGUGCGAUCUCCGCCAUGCUAAAGACCUGGCCUGGCCUGGUGAUUCUUGCCAGACACGAAGCCAAGCCACUACAUUCUCUUCUAGAAUCGCUUCAUUACCCUGAUACACAAGCUCGAGAUCUGAUUCUGGAGCUAUUGUUCGAUGCUUUGCGGAUCAAGCCACCAUCAUGGUCAUCAUCCUUCCUCGCAGGCAGAAGGCUCACGACUUAUGGCCGUGUUUCAAAUUUGCGGUCCGAUACGGACUCCAAAAGCGCCCGGGCGUAUCAUGAUAGUGGAACAAAGAAGUUCGACCUGACGGCACACUUUUCGACUCUGAUCUUGGCGUCUUUGAUCGCUGCUGGUCUACCUCAGGCGCUUUCAGAUCUUAUUGAAGAUGAGACGGAUGCCGCUCUCCGGCGCAAAGCCACUCUCCUUCUUACAGAAGUCCUCAAGAUGGCACAUCAUUCCCUACCGACAACCAUUAGCGCAAACCUGCAGGUUCUCGCCCACCUCCUUCCUCCUGCCAUUCAAUUCGACACAGAAAACCAUGAUGUUUCUACUUCAACGAUUUUCCAGAUCGAAAGCAUCAACCGAACCUUAGCUCGCUCCGGCGGAUAUUCUGGUGGAGCGGGUCGAUAUAACUUGGAUCCCGAUCUGUCAGUCUCUUUGCUACCAGGGGAACAAGCCAAAGAUAAACUCAGCCCAUCCAUGGACGAGCAAACGUUCCGAAAUGCCAUCCUGGAGACGCAUGUGUUGAAUUCUGUCAACUAUAUGAAAUGGAAGUGGGACCUGAUCCAUCGCCUUGUCGAGGGUCCUCUCACAAAUCCCAAACGAAUGGAUGAAGCGAUCAAAGGCUCCAAGUUCAUGAAGCGCCUCCUUGGCUUUUACCGUCCCUUCAAAUACAGAUUUGCCAUGGUCCCAAACACGAAACCGAACCAACGAUAUGUCCGGACAGGCUGCGCCUUAAUGCGGACUCUCGUCAUGUCUGCUGAGGGUAUUAAAUACCUGGCUGAGAACAAGUUCUUGCGACAAGUUGCGGAGUGUUUGGCCCAGUUAGAUCGCAUGAGUGGCCUGACUUCUGCAUCGCCCCUGUUCUCACGAGAGCAAAUGGUCAAUACGCUGAGCGGUGGCUAUUUUGCGAUUCUAGGGACGUUGAGCGCAGAUGCAAGUGGCUUGCUUAUGAUGGAGAGGUGGCACAUGCUCAACAUGUUCUAUCACAUCAUCGAGCUGCAGGAUCGGAACGACUUGAUCCAAACAUUACUUGGGAACAUGGACUACGGUCGUGCAAGUCACCUCCGAGUCAUGCUUUCCAAAGCUUUGACUAUUGGUUCAAAAGACAUUCGGAUUUUCGCUACCAAGCUCCUCCGAAAAUAUGCUGUCGGGGAUGUCACCUUGUCACCGCAGAUGGCUAUUGGCAACGCAGAAUGGGUUGUCAAGCUUCUUGUGACCCAACUGUACGAUCCAGAUGUGACGGUUUGUCAAAUCGCCGUGAAGAUUCUGGAAGAGGCGUGCAACCAGCGUGAUUAUCUUGAGUUUGUAGUCAAGUGUCGGCCAUCGCUCGAUCAUCUUGGUGAGAUUGGCGCCCCACUUCUCCUGCGCUUCUUGUCGACAUCCGUCGGGUACCAUUAUCUAGACGGACUAGACUACAUCACUCAAGAGAUGGAUGACUGGUUCCUCGGCCGAAACGACUCGUAUGUUGGCCUCGUGGAAGCCGCUCUGUCUCGUGCCUAUGUCGAUCAGCCACGGCGUAACAGCUUCGCGCCGGAGGACUUGGUCGACCUGCAAGACGUCGGCGUUGUCCCACCGCACUUUUACCGCGAACUAGCGCGCACAGCUGAGGGAUGCAAAUUGCUAGAGCAAUCGGGGCAUUUCAAUGAAUUCGCCUGGACGAUUCGCGACUUCCGCUUGGAGGAAGAAGACACUGAAGUGCUACUCAAAGUCAAAGGAUGCCUUUGGGCCGUGGGUAAUGUUGGGUCAAUGGAGCUUGGGGCUCCGUUCUUAGAGCCAGAGAUCGUGCAGCGUAUCGUGGCGAUUGCUCAACGAGCGGGUGUCUUGACUAUGCGUGGAACUGCUUUCUUCGUUCUGGGUCUCAUCUCAAGAAGCAAGCACGGAUUAAGAGUGCUGCGAGAUCUAGGUUGGGACUCGGCCAUUGAUCAAAACGGCGAGUCGCUGGGCUUCUGUCUCCCGACAGACUUCCGUCAGCUAUUUUGGGUAAGAUCGUUGCCUCAUGUUCAGUCCAUCACAGAGCUAACCAAAUUAGAUCUCUUUCCCUGGCUACAAAUCAAACUCGCGACGUACUCCUCAGAAUAA